CAAACCAAUUCAACCCACUCCAAAGCAAUUCCAAGAGCAACAAUGAACCAAAAAGUAUUUCUAGUCCUAGCUUUGACUCUAUCCGUCUGCCAGGCGCUACCUUUUGUGUCCUACGAUGAUGUGGAUGAUACGGAGGUCAUCGAGCUGCCGGGAAAUGGCAUCGAGGAGGCACCACCCACUCUCGGCAAGGACAUCAUCGAUCUCACGCCGCUGGGAACGGCGCUCUUUGGCCAGCCGGAUGAGCUGCAGACGGCCGAUCGAGUGGGCAACUUUAGUGCCGAUGCGGAUGAAAUGAAUCCCGAGGAACUGGGCAGCUACCUGGAGGGUGAUAUGCUGGUGCCCCAGAGCGAACUGAUCAUGAAGAACGGACUGCCCACGCAAUCCUCCCGCUGGCCUAAUGGAGUGGUGCCCUACGAGAUCCGGGGAAACUUCAAUGCCCGUGACAUGGCCACCAUUGAAGGUGCAAUCGCCGAGUAUCAUCGACGGACUUGCAUUCGGUUUGUGAGGCGCAGCUCUGAGCGGGAUUACAUCUCCAUUCGCGGCGACAACUCCGGCUGCUGGUCCUCCGUUGGUCGCGUGGGCGGCAAGCAGGAGGUCAAUCUGCAAUCGCCCGGCUGUCUCAGCCGUCCCGGAACCGCCAUGCACGAGCUGAUGCAUGCCCUCGGUUUCCUCCACGAACAGAACCGCAUGGAGCGCGAUGGCUAUGUGGCCAUCCAGUACAACAAUGUCCAGUCCUCGGCGAUGAACAACUUCGAGAAGGCCGCCCGCACCGAGGCCUUUGGAGUGCCCUACGAUUAUGGCAGCGUGAUGCACUACUCCAAGAAUGCCUUCUCUAUCAACGGACAGCCCACCAUUCUAGCCAUGCAAGCCAAUGGAGCCGAAAAGAUGGGCCAGAGGAAUGGCUUCUCUGACUAUGACGUCCAAAAGUUGAACCGCAUGUACGACUGUGGAACUGCCCAUGCUGCUCCAGUUUCCCCGGGUCUUCCUGCCGCUGGAGGAGCUGCUCCAGGUGCCGCUGCUGGCAGUGGCAAUCCCAUCGUGGACAGCUUCCUUGGCGGCCUGAUCAGCGGAUUGGGCCUGGGCGAUGAUGACAAGAAGGAGACCAGCUCUUAGAAAAACUUGGCCACAGAAUCUACUAGCUCGUAUGAUCACACACGCUCGAAAAUAUUUAACGCAUCCCACAUACCAACCAUCUAGCACCAAUACUUGAAUCUUUAGUUAAUACGUUUAGUCCUUAAUUAAUAAAAUCUAGAAUGA